GCUAUAGCAAUGAGUAUGCUUACCAUGGUAAAACGAUAACAAGUAAAAGAAAGGUAAAAACAGCCGCACAUAACAACAAUAUGGCGAAAAUUAGGACAUGCCUUUCCCACAUUUAGUACCCUAGUYUUGUCAGACUUUGGAAAAUUGGCUGUAAAUACUGUAAAUACAAAGGAAAUUUGUUUUUUAAGAUCAGAGGACACGGCACGGAAUUAAAAUCUGAUAAUCAUUAUAUGUAACUAAGACGACACAAUAUGUUGCUUUUGAAAUUAUAGCCCUUGAAAUGUAGAUCAAGUUGGAUGGAAUGUCCGUAACUUUAAAUCAAAUGUAACUCGCUAAUUUUUUGUACGCCGUGCCGUGCGCUGAUUAUGUUAGGCUAAAAGUAACUUAGUUGAUUUUAUACUGUCUUAAUAAAGGGUUUUUAUUAAUUGUAUAUACCGACAUCCAAUCACAAAGAAGAUAGAAUAUAUUGUUAAUCUAUCUGGAGACGCCAGCCGUAGUUAGUUUUUCUACGGGUUUAGCAUAUUUUAAGAUCUAUGUCGUCACGACACCUGUUCUCCUUCUGAAACCUGAGCGUUGGCGAUCCUCACUCCCGAAGAAUACUUGAAAACAAACGCUCCAAAACGAGCUGUUUUUGAAGAACUGGAUUUCUUGAAUCUUUGAGGGAGGAGAGAGGUGUAAGCGCUGAAAAUCUAGCGUGUAAUGGCGACUUAGGCUAUGGCCAGUCUAUGGUUUGAGGACUGUAGAAGUCUCCCAAACGUACCUGCCAAACCCAACAACGCGUCGGCUAUCUUUGGAGGUCACAGCCCUUACGGAUUAAGAGCAACAGAGCCUAGCAUAUUCCGAAGCAAGGAAAAACCCAGCUCAACUCGUAAAUCUGCAAGAAGUAACAGUGAUGCAGGAUUAACAAAAACCGAAAAGCAAAAAUCGAAGGAUUCAAGUUCAAAAAGGAAGCUCUCUGAGUCUCGCUUAAAAAGUAACAGUGCUCAGAACACAGCGAAUAAAAAUCGGCCUGUUUCACCUCGUUCGAACGCAAAGGAGUCUGUAGAGGGAACAGAAGAAGACAACUUAACAGACUCACAAGAUUCUGGAAGCUCAAACGGUGAUCGUUAUCCGCUUUUUAUCUCUGUGAAAAAGGGUUCGGCCGCGGAUGCAGCAGAGGUAAAACCGCGGAAAGCGAUUAAUGGACUAAACGAAGACAAACAACAAGAGCAAUCUCUUAACGGGCAAAUCCAGAAAGAACAAAAAAAAGUCAAGCGAAGUUCUAGUUUUUCUUCGCCUCGGAAAACAAUCGAGUCUGUGUCAUCCUCGAGUGCUCAGUACAAAUCGCCUGUGAAACCACGUGGUGCGAGUAAUCAGAACACAGAGAUCCCAACCAAAGGGAGAUCUCCUAUUGAUAGUUUUAGGCGCGAAAAGAGCGAUAUAAUUGUACGCCCUAGAACCUCCUGUUCACCGUCAACAAACCGUAAAGAAAAUACUUUCUUUUCGAACUCCAAAGGUUCUCAUUCACCUUCGGCCCUAAAGCGGGAAAAAAGUGAUAUUACUCCUAGGCGCGCGCAAAAGCCGCCAUUUGGGGUGCUGAGAGAAAAUAGUGACCUAGUCAGACCAAGGGGUUCUGCUUCGCCAAGUGCUUUAAGACGAGAGAAGAGUGACGUCGUAAGUCCUCGGCGCUCACCUGGUAUAGGAAAAAGACAGAAAAGUGAUAUAACUUUGAAGAAGAAAACUACUGCUAAUACUACUCCUUGUAGUAGCACUGAUACAAUAAACUCUUGUGAAAGUCAUUCUGAAGCUUUAACUAAGGUUCUAGAUCACAAAGAAAACAUGUCGAAGAUUCCUACUCCAGCAGGGACGAACCCUCCUUCAAAGAUACCCUCCUUCACCAAGACGUCUUCUAUUCCACAGUCCAAGAUUCCUCCCAAGAGUAAAAUUCCAUCGAUCGGAAAGGCGGACAAAAAGGAAGAACAGGCGAAAAAAUCUCAAAUUCCAACAGGAAUACCACGAAGUGACAAAUCGACUAGUAAACUUCCCGGUCCGCCAAGACCGGACUCCGCUAAAGAAAACAAGGAUCCUGGAAUAAAUCGAAAAGACAGCGAGGAAGAAGCUAUCAAACCUGUUAAGAAUGAAAUCAAAGUUAGUCGUAUACCUUCUGCGAAAGGUGUGUCAAAAAUACCUCGGCAGGACAGCCUGAAGUCUACCGGCACCGACGAUGACACUGAUAACGUCUUUGCAGAUGAACACGAGGCUGUUUCUAAUGGCAAUGCUACUGAGAAAGUCCACGCUAGCAGGAUUCCGUCAACUGGGGUAAGCAAGAUUCCUUCUUUUUCAAAAACCAAUGGCCCAAGUAAACUCAAGUCCCCCGAGGUAGUGUCUCCUGUGUCUAAGAUUCCUCAAAACGUUGGAUUUGGACUAAGUGGGAUCCCAUCGCCUACGGUCCACGCUAAACCAGAAAUCGGGCAUAGCGGCAUUCCGGCACCUACGGUCCUCGCCAAACCAGAAACUGCACAUAGCGGCAUCAAACCACCUGCAGUGCAUGCCAAACCGGAAACUACACAUAGCGGCAUUCCACCACCUGCAGUCCAUGCCAAACCAGAAACUGCACAUGGCGGCAUCAAACCACCUGCAGUGCAUGCCAAACCGGAAACUGCACAUAGCGGCAUUCCGCCACCUACGGUCCAUGCCAAACCGGAAACUGCACAUAGCGGCAUUCCGGCACCCAAAGUCCACGCCAAACCUGGUGUACAUAGCGGGAUACCACCACCUACAGUGCAUGCCAAACCAGAAAAAUUAGCUUUCGGAAUUCCAAAACCGGAUGACAAGACAAGUGCACCAGUUUCCGGCAUUCCGAAACCGGAAGGAAAGGCAAGUUCCACUACCGCGGAAUCUAAAAUUCCACAGUUCAGUCCCACGGAAAGCGUACCAAAAAGUAAAAUACCUGGACUUCCUGGUAGCAUCCUCACGCGUAAACUGUCAGAAGAAAAGUUCAAGAAAACCAAUGAAAUACCUGCAGAGAAAACUGCAGAGACGCGCAUGGAAACUCCCAAGGAGGAAAUCUCAGCUAAACCGAGCGAAGGCCUUGGAGAUGUAAGUGUUCCCGCUACGACUGUGCCUUCUACUCCAAGUGGUAAGGUUGCUCCACCGCCACCUCCUCGGCAAGACGUCAAGAACGAAGAGAUAAAAAAAGAAGAGGAAGCGCAUCCGGAUUCACCAAUGGACAAAUACAUCUUCUCCGAAGCCAAACGCAUGGAGGAAUUGCUACGAAAUGAAUCUAUUAUCGUCGAAGUUCCUUCAAACGAAGAAGAAGCUGUUAAGCGUAAAGACGUUGAAGCUAAAGCUGAAGUUGCUAAACUGAGUUUCCAGAAGGGACCGGAGGCUAAAGAGAUGGUGACUAGCGUGAGUGAGGUUUGUGAGGAUAACAAAAAGGAAGCUGCGAAGAAAGAAGCUGUUUUAUUUUCAACGUUUGGAAAGAAAGAAGACUCCGGUGUAACAAACGAGAAGGGUGUUCCUAAAGAAACUCCGAAACAAGAUGUUUUCAAAGAAGAAGGAAAGAAAGAUGUUUUUGAGGAAGAGAAACCUGUCGAAGAAAAAACACAAGAAUCUAAUGAAAAUGUCGUUGAAGCGCAGUCUCCUACAGAUGAAAACAAGCCAGCUAUUGAUACUCUUGGACAGUACGAACAGCAAUCAAGGCGCUCAAGAAGCCGUCAACGUAAAGUAAUAAGCCCUGAUAGCGAGCAACCAGAAACCACAUUCGAGCAAACAGCUAGUGAGGAUGAUACCAAGAAAGUCAUUGAUAAAGACAAGUUUGGCACCCAGCCUUUUGAAGCCGAGGAAACAAAAGACUCGCAAGUCAAGCCUGCCAAUAAACCAGCAGCCAAAGGCAAGUCCAAACACGACAAGCCAAAGUUUGUAAUUGAAUCCUCUCUUGGUGCUGAUUUUUAUCAGUCAAAAACGUCACAGUCAAAAGAGAGUAUCACAGCAGAAGACACAGCCGAAAAACCCGCCGAGGUUAUCGUAAUUGAGAACAAAACAUUUGACGAUUCUAAAGCUGCUAAAGCUACUAAGGCAAAGGACGUUGGGAGUAAUAAAAAGAAUCAGUCAAAAGAGAAACAAGGUGCUGAGGCGUUUGAAGAUGUCGAUCUCAGCUCCCACAAAGGAUCGAAAAUGGAAAUGAGAGCGUGGAGCAUGGACGAGCUUGAUGAGAAAACUGUCAAAUGUGCUUGUGGACGAGGGGGGAAAUGCUCAAUCAUGUAACAAGCCACAGCCAAGCUUUACCAUGUAAAAUACGCACGGCAGUUGUGCUGUAUCACCUUCCAAAGCGCAGUCAAGUUCUACCAUUUAAAAUAAGUACAACCGUGCUCUGUCAUCUUAGAAGUCAAGUUACCAUGUACAAACGCUAGACAUACCUCAGUAUCGUGUAGCAAAGCACACUCGUGCUCUAUCAUGCAACAAAGCAGGCCGAGUUGUGGUAUAUUAUUUAAGAAAGCACAGCCGUGCUCUAACGCAAUCAAACUGCAUCGUACAACAAAGCAAAGUCCCCUAUUUUAGUUUAUUUUAUCGAAUAUUCAGCUGAUUAUUGUAGACUGACCUCAUAGUUAACCCCGGAUCAUCAUUCCCCGCUGUCGCUUAUUUACUUCAAGGAUAUUUUAGUUUUGUGUUAUUGUAUAUUUUUUAAGACUGGCUGAUAUUAUGUAAUAGCUUUUUAUCAUAACACAGAUUCAUGUGUAAACAUUUUUUUGAGUAAGGCAACAAGAUUUUGGUUUGCUAGGUCCGUGGCAUCCUUGGCUAGGCCCAUGGCCUCCUCUAUUUAUACAAAUAAAUAUGAGGUGGCCUUAACGCUGUGGUAGGCAUUCCUUUCCCAGAGGAUAUACCAAAAAACAACCUGCCCCUUACAAUAGGGUUACCUUAAAGUAUUUGCCAUAGGCUUGGUUGCCAAUGGCAACCAGCAAGAAUUCUCAAUUGACGUAAAGCGAGGUCCAUUUUUUGAAUGGACGUAUUAGACCCAGUACUUCUAUGCCCCUGCUCGUUCAAGCAGUGGUCAAGAAGCACCAGAAAUGAUUAAUUAUCCAUGGAUAUAAAAUUAUAUAAAUUCUAGAUACAUUAAGAGGAGGAAAGGUGUGGAAGAAUAAUAAAUUAAACUAUUCGUUCGGGGAGAUCAAUAUGUGCCCUGUGUAGAUUUGUUAAUGUAUGAUAAGAAUAACCUAGAGACUUUAUUAGUAUCUAUCUCUUGCUGUCGUUAUACUCUAAUACCGUCAACACUCGAGUUUAUUUUAUUUUUUAUUUGUGUAUAUAUACUUUUUUUUUCUUUCUCUUUUAUCUUUCAUCUCCUUGAACAGCUUUUAUAGACUUUCAAUACAUGUAUCUCGAAUUCUAUUGUUUUCGUUCCGUAAUCUGAUUGGUUGAAAAAAUCGAGUGUUCACGGUUAAAGUAGAACGGCAGUAGCUAGUUAGGUACACAGGAAAUCCAACUUCGGGCUUUGUGGAAUAGCCAGUUUUCGAUAUUCUGGUUGAGUGAUCAAGCACCAAACAACCUGAGUCGAGGCUCCGGGGAAUCAAAAGAAUAAUAACGAUUGCGCUAUUGUUUUCCCGGAGCCUCGACUCGGAUUGUUUUGUGCUUGAUCACUCAAGUUGAGUGCGGGAUCCCUGUGUUUAGUACCAAUGUACGGUUCCAGUCCUCAGAGAGGAAGCUAAGGGUAAAUAAAGUAAUGUAACAGUA